AUGGCGACCCGCCCGCAUAUCGGCAUUAUCGGCGCCGGCCUCUCGGGGCUACGCUGUGCUGACAUUCUCAUCCAGAAUGGGGCCCGGGUAACGAUCCUCGAAGCCAGAGACCGGAUCGGGGGAAGAGUGCAUCAAGAUGAAGUGGGAGGUCACUUGGUAGAUCUCGGCCCCAAUUGGAUCCAUGGCACAGGCCAAAACCCCAUCAUGGCCCUCGCCGAAGCAACACAGACCGUCACGCAUGACCCUGAGGGCGCAAAUGUGGCCAUCUCGCGACAGGGACAUGUUGUCGAUGAUGCUCUCGCUAUGAAAGCGUCUGAGUUUAUGUGGACCACCAUUGAAGAGGCCUUUGAGUACAGCAAUCAGCACGCCGAGAGUAUCCCAGCAGACCGGAGUCUGUUCGACUUCUUCCAAGAACGAGUGCAGCGCACAGACUUUACUCCAGCUGAGAAAGAGCUGUGUCUGGAUGCCUGUAAGCUGUGGGGCGCUUACGUGGGUGAUCCGAUUGAACGGCAGAGUUUACGGUUUUUCUGUCUGGAGGAGUGUAUUGAUGGGAAUAACUACUUCGUCGCGUCGACCUACAAGCACAUCUUGGAGCAUGUGGCCAAGGCUGCCCAAACCCAGGCCGGCAUCUUCUUCAACCACCCGGUUGUGCGCAUCGACGCUCCACCCAGACCAAAAGACCAGCCCCAGGCCCAGCACCAAGUAACCGUCACCACAGCCUCAGAGACAAACCACCACUUCGACGAGGUCGUCGUCACCUGUCCACUUGGCUGGCUCAAGCGCAACACAGACGCCUUCCACCCGCAACUCCCAGAGCGGCUCCUACAAGCCGUGAAUAACAUCUCGUACGGCCGCCUCGAGAAAGUCUACGUGACAUUCCCGCGAGCUUUCUGGCAGACCACCACCACAGAAACACGCCCACCAAAACCACGUACAAACCCCGUCUUCGCGCAAUUCCUCGACCCAAUCUACGCACCACACCCACCACACAUCCAAUGGAACCAAGAAUGUCUCUUCCUCGCCGCUCUCCCAGACCCCUGCGCCCAGCCCACCCUCCUCUUCUACACCUACGGGCCCUGCGCCACCCACAUCGUAGACUCUCUGGCCGGACUAGACCUCGAGUCCAGCGCCUACAAAACCCGCCUGAUCGACUUCCUCGCCCCCUUCUAUGCCCGUCUCCCCGGGUACUCCGCCUCGGCACCGGACUGCACGCCCACGGCCCUGCUAGCCACGCGCUGGCAGGCCGAUCCGUACGCGGGCAACGGGUCGUACUGCAACUUCCAGGUAGGGUUGACGCAUGCAGAUCGCGAUAUCGAGGUGCUGCGGUCCGGGGCGGGCGUGGGUGCGGAACGCGGGGUGUGGUUUGCUGGGGAGCAUACGGCGCCGUUUGUGGCGCUGGGCACGACGACGGGGGCUUAUUGGAGUGGGGAGCGGGCGGCGACUCAGAUUUGUUGUGCGCGUGGAUUAGGGAGUCUCGGGGUUGGGGCUGCACGGGAUGAUUCUUUGCCUUCAGCUGGGGUUAAGGGCAUAUAG